UUUUUGUUUGGCAAUUAAUCAUUCUUCUCAUGCUUUCUAAAAAUGAAUAAAAACAGAAACCAAACCCAUAUGUUCACCCUAACACAAACAACAACAUAGUGUAGUGACAUACGGGUAAACAUAGUGUAGUGACAUACGGGUAAUAUAGGAUUUGAAAGUCUCAGUUUUGUAAUGUAUUACUGUUUCAAGGUAUAUAAAGCUAGCUAUGUGCAUAUAUUUCCCGCUAUCUCUCUAGCUUCUUGUGCUUACAUUUGGAUCUUGUAUCUCUUGUGAUGAAGAUGAGAAAACCCUAGGGAGCUCAUCACCCACAACCUAAAUUGGGCAAAGACAACCUCAUCAACAAGUAAGCAUCACAAGGGGCGCAGUUAUGUAUCGUAUUCGUUGGAUUUUUGAGCUAGAGAGAUCGUGAUUAAAUAAUUAAAGAUCGACGGAGAUUGAGAGGAUGGAAGGAGCUGAUGAGUACAUAGCAGAGAUGGAUUCUGGAAACAGUGGGAGUUUACAGUCGUCGGGCGAUGAUGAGCAAAACAUUCAUCUCACAGCCACUCCAGACCCCCGGCGUGUUGCCGUCCAGCUGCUAUUUGGAUCCCUUCGCCGCCCUGUCCAGCAGCCGCCGCGUCAUGCGGAAGAAACGCUCCCGGAGAGCACCCACCACCGUCUUAACCACGGACACCUCCAAUUUCCGAGCCAUGGUUCAGCAGUUUUAUAUGUAUAUUUUGACGCCUUCCCGAUCAAAUUUUGAGCUGAAAUUUGGUAUGGACAAAGUAGACUUGAUGAGGAACAUACCCAAAAAAUUUCAUCAAAAUAUUCCACCUGGAACACACGCACGCACACGCACACGCACACGCACACGCACACGCGCACACACACACACACACAAAAUUCCGGUCAGGAAUUUCUUGACCGGA